AUGGCGAUCUUGGGCUCCUCCUACACCACCCUCCUGAUGAGCCUGGCGCCGCCAGCUCCGGCAAAAUCCUCUCCCGCAGCGGGAUCACUGCAGCUCCGCAGCAGACAGCCGGCGGCGGCUUCGUCAGUAGCGGCUCUGCGUUGGGCCUCAUGCAAAGACAAGGAGUCGCCGUCCCGGGCUGCUGUCUUCGCGUGCCAUGCGCAGAAGUACACGUACAACAUCGAACGCGACGUCCUGCUGCACAUUCCCACAUUAUCGGGCGACAACUGGAGCGUCAUGGAAGACAGGGACCACUUCAUCCUCAAGUUCAGGGUGGGAGAGUCGACGAGCAAUGAGAAAUUGGAGGUUACAACGACGGAGGACCUGGCGCGCCUGGUCAUCAAGUACAGGGUCGGCGGUGGCGGCGGCGACCACAAGGACGCCUCCGCCGACGACGACAACCCAGCGAGCUCGCUGAACGUCCAGCUCACGAUGCCUCCCGGCUACGACGGCAGGAAUGCCAAGGGGAUGAUGUCGUCCAACGGCUGGCUCAUUAUCGCUAUCCCCAAGCCUAAGCACGAGGCCAGGAAGAUAGACAUCUCGCCGCCACCGUCGUCGUCCCACCAGCAGUGA